AAAAGUUAUGACUAACAUCAUUAUUAUAUAUUUAGCUUUUAUUAUUUGUAUCAUUGAUACCAGUGAUGGACAGCCUGUGUUUUGUGAGACUUCACAUUUUGAUGGUAUCUAUAACUUUGGCCGACAAUUGACUAUUAGAGCGCAAAUCAAUGAGACGUCUCACUGGACAUGGGUUUACAAUAUGUCUACUAAAACAUUCAGUGACCCACCCGUCAAAAAUGAUGAAUCGAUAAUAACAACCAGUUUUUAUAUACCAAAAGUCCCAAACUGUCAAAACAUAGACUAUAAUUGCCAACUAAUAACAAAAGCAAAGAAUCUUAUGUUUGCAAGAAUUCGGUCGUUAAAGACAUUUGAAGAAUCAAUGAUUAUCUACAAUGUUUCGGAAAAUAUUAAUGACACUAAUUUAGUUGCGGCCAAUAACGAUGACUUGCCGUGGAAUCUGACCAAAACCACUGUAGUUGACAUUUGGCCGCCAGAGUGGUCUACCCUAAAGUCAAGUGAGAGGAUUAGCGUUUAUUUUCCACAAACUUACGAAGUAUUAUAUAUUGUCAUAUAUGGCGACAAUUCUAUGCUAUUGAGGGCAAAGAUAUCUGAUAUCAAUUGGUAUAACAAUAUGAUUCACAAAGAUCUCGGCAAAAAUACUCGUUAUGUCGGUAUGUUUAUACAUAGGGGUAAUCUCUAUGCCAUUGGAGACUACAUCCAUAGUACCGAUUCAUAUAUCUAUUUACUCCAGAGAAACACAAAUCAAUUUUCAACAUUAGAUAAAAUAACUGUACGAAAGUAUUUUAAUUGUCCGGAAUCUACUAUAACCUCAACAACAGAGACACCGGUAAGUGAUGGGUCAACACAGUUAGUGACAACAACACUACCGUCACUAUCAGUCGAUCAAAAGCAGUCUUCAUCGAUGACAACUUUGAUCAUAAUUAUUGUUAUAAUAUUUAUUAUCAUUUUUAUUGGUACAGUGACAAGUCUUAAUCCUAAAUUAGAUGAGUCUAAUCAAACAUAUAGCGAGGAAACUAAGACAAGUCGUUCAUCAAGUUUUUAUUAA